AUGCCGCUCUUCUACACCCCGGACCUCUGCCACCUCACUCGCGCGCGCGGCGUCGAGUUUCCAGUCAACCCGGCCCUCCUCUCCCCGCCGUUCUCUCCCAACCCGCACGACAGCAACUCGUCCGCCGCGCCGAUCGCCACCGUCGCCGCCACCACCGCACCGGCGCAGCAGCUCAACAACCCGUCCACGCCGACGCACCAUGGCCUGCCCGCCAACACGAACCCCACCAACAACAACGACAACCAUGACAGCAGCCCGCUCAGCAUCCCCGUCCGCGAGGCCAGCCACGUCUACCACGAGAGCUACAUGCACGACAUCGCCAGCCGCUCUGACCUCGAGCUGUCCGCCCUAACGGGAACCUUCCAUUGGCGCGGCCUGGACCUGCUCAGGCGCAGCAUCGCGUUCCACACCGGCCUGCUGAAUGCCAACGACGGUGCUGCUGCUGCUGUCGGCGAUGAGGCCGCUGAGCGCAAGAAGAAGAGGAAGAUGAAGCACGCGCUCGAGAGCUCCAAGGAGAAGGCGAUCUUGUUCGUGGGCGGCGAGGGGGAUCUUGUGGGGGAUAGGCAUGGGGCGAGCGUUACUGUCCCGCCCGCGCAGCUGCUGAGGCUGAAGGCCCUGAUCGUCGAGCUGACGCCCGACCGCGUCCUCGGCACCAUCCAGUGGAUCGAAGACCACGACGUCGCCAACGUGUCGAUCCAGCUGCGCCCGGCGUGCUUGGGCGCGAACCAGCAGUACUGCAGCAACUGCACCAGGCUCUUCUACGAAGUCAACCGUCCCGGCCAGUAUGGCACCACCGAGCUCGCCGUGGACCCCUUGGGUAUCUUCCCUUGCGGCCACAUCUUGUGCAGGUGCUGCGUCGUCGGCUGGCUCAACGAUGUCACGGCCAAGGGCAGGCGUGGCACUCAGCCGUGCUGCAUCCGCUUCUCGCAGCCUUACUCCUACUACUAA